AAACUCCACCGAAGAAGAAGAGCUGCCAACAUGGCGGCGCACAUGAGACGCUUGACACAUUGGUACAGAGCAGUGAUAAACAAUAAUUUAACAUCACUUUCAAGCGUCAGAGGAUAUUUAUCAAGAUCAUAUUCUCAGGUUCAAACAGACUUUUCGUCUAAUCGUGUGCGGCGUACGUUCACAGAUUUUUUUCAUGAACUCUACCAACACAUAAUUGUGCCAUCCUCCCCUGUUCGUCCGCGGGGAGACCCGAGUCUCCUGUUUGUCAACGCAGGCAUGAACCAGUUCAAGCCUAUUUUCCUUGGAGCAGCAGACCCGCGCAGUGAAAUGGCCACAUACCGGCGGGUGGUGAAUAGUCAGAAGUGUGUCCGGGCUGGGGGUAAACACAACGACCUGGAAGAUGUUGGUCGAGAUGUCUACCACCACACCUUCUUUGAGAUGUUAGGAAACUGGUCCUUUGGCGAUUACUUCAAGGAGGAAGCGUGCAUCAUGGCUUGGCGUCUACUCACAGAGGAGUACAGGAUUCCUCCAGAACGCCUCUACGUCUCAUACUUUGCCGGUGAUGCCACCUCUGGUUUGCCAGCAGAUGAGGAAACACGCCACAUCUGGCUAAGCAUGGGAGUGCCCUCUGAUCACCUCCUGCCAUUUGGGAUGAAGGACAACUUUUGGGAGAUGGGGGAGAUUGGCCCCUGUGGCCCCUGCACAGAGAUCCACUAUGACCACAUUGGGGGCCGUAACGCAGCCUCGCUGGUCAAUGCAGACAGUCCUGAUGUGGUCGAGAUUUGGAACCUGGUCUUCAUGCAAUACAACAGAGAGGCAGAUCACAGCUUACGGUCACUCCCCCAGUUCAGCGUGGACACUGGCAUGGGUCUGGAGCGACUGGUGACCGUUCUCCAAGGACAACGCUCCAACUAUGACACUGACCUCUUUACCCCUCUGCUGUCUGCUAUACAACAGCGCUCCAAUUGCCCUGAGUAUAGAGGGAGGACUGGAGAGGCGGAUGUGGGCAAAGUGGACAUGGCAUACCGCGUCGUUGCUGACCACGUGCGCACCCUGUCUGUCUGCAUUGCUGACGGAGUCUACCCGGGGAUGUCUGGGGCCGAAUUGGUUUUACGCCGUAUCCUCCGGCGAGCUGUGAGGUUCAGCACUGAGGUACUGCAGGCCCCCGAGGGAGCGCUGGCAAGCCUGGUACCCACAGUUGCCCACAUCCUGGGUGAUGCUUAUCCCGAACUGCAUAAAGAGUCAGAUAGGAUCAUGGAUAUAAUCAAUGAAAACGAGGCCCAAUUCCUGUCCUCUCUGAAGCAGGGGCGCAGAGUGAUUGACAGGACACUCCAGAGAUUGGAGAGCAAUGACACUCUAUUCCCAGUGCCUGUGGCCUGGUCUCUGCAUCGUAACCUGGGCUUUCCUCUGGAUCUCAUUGGACUAAUGCUGGAGGAGCAGGGCUUGAGUGUUGACCAACGGGCCCUUGAUGUGUUGGCCAUUGAAAGUCAAAAUCUUAGGUGUCAGGUGCAGACCUCUGUUGGGGAUACGCUGGUCCAUCUGGAUCUGCACAGCCUAGCCCAGCUGCAGAGUGGAGAAGUUCCCCACACAGACGACUCCCCCAAGUACCACUACAGCUUGGCACAGGAUGGCAAAUAUGUGUUCCAGCCCUGCCAUGCUACCGUGCAGGCCCUGUACUGUGGACAGACUCUUGUCUCGGAGGUGGCCGGGGGCCAGAGGUGUGGUGUGGUGCUUGACCGGACCUGUUUCUAUGCAGAGCAAGGGGGGCAGUCCCAUGACCAGGGCUACUUCAUCAGAGAUGGACUGCCGGAUGUCCUGUACCCUGUUGAGGCUGUGCAGCUUGCUGGGGGAUAUGUGGUUCAUCAGGUCACCGCUGCUGAGGUGUUGAGAAAAGGGGACCAGGUCCAGCUCUACCUGGAUGAGCCACAGAGACUAGCCUGCAUGGUCAAGCACACCGCCACACACGUCCUCAACUUCGCCCUCCGUCAGCUGCUGGGUUCUUCUGUGGAGCAAAGAGGCAGUCAUGUCGCUGCAGACCGCCUACGCUUUGACUUCAGCGUCAAGGGAUCAUUGAGUAUUCCCCAGCUCCAGGAGAUUGAGAGGAGCAUCCACAACAUUAUCACAGAGAAUAAUGCGGUGUACAUAGAGGAGGUUCCCCUGGCCCGGGCUAAAGACAUCCCAGGUCUAAGGACUGUGGAUGAGGUGUACCCUGAUCCGGUGAGAGUGGUGUCCGUGGCAGUUCCUGUAGCAGACCUGUACGAUUCUCAGACGGACAGAUGGACGUCAGUGGAGCUCUGCUGUGGGACGCAUUUACUGACGACCGGGGAGAUCGGGGAUUUGGUUAUCAUUUCCGAGAGGCAGAUGGUUAAAGGGAUCAGCCGUAUUGUGGCAGUCACUGGAGACGACGCCAGAGAGGCUCGAGAGGCGGGUCAGGUCCUGACCCAGGAAGUGGAGUCUUUGUCAGCACGUCUUGCAACGGUCGCCAGCCCCUCCCUCGCAGAUGCCAACCGGCUGGCCAAAGAAGUUGGCAUACUGACAGAUGCAGUGGAUUGCACUCCUAUACCACAGUGGAAGCGGAGGGAGCUUCAAACUCGCCUCAAAGGUCUACAGAGGACAACCAACACAAGCAUAAGGAAACUGGAGACCAAAGAGGCUGCUGUGAAAGCCCAAUCACUAUUCAUAAAGAAUAGCAGCAAGAAUAUUGUAGUGGACACUGUGGACACAGACUCUAUAUCAGUGCUGAUGAAGACAGUGAACCAAUACAGUGACAGAGCCCCAGGGACCCUGAUCAUGCUACUCUCCCACCAGCAGCCAUCGGGGAAGGUCAUGUGUGCGUGCCAAGUGCCCAAGGGCUUUAGUGCUCUCUCUGCCAGUGACUGGGCCCUGACAGUGUGUGCCCGCCUGGGAGGGAACGCAGGUGGCUCUGCCACUGUGGCAAAGGGCACAGGGAGUGGGGCCAACCUCACUGAGGCACUCAGGUGUGCUGAAGAGUAUGCACAGGACAAGACCCAAAACGGAUGCUAAGUACAAACGUCCAGGGAUCACAAGCCCACAUUUACUAUAGGGUGUAGGCAAAAUACACCGCUGUUCAAUGGAAAAGUUCUCCAACUGCCACAUGGCGGGUUGAUGACAAAAGUACAUAUUACAGCAUACUACAGGUUGGAAGAACCUACCAUUUUGGGGGGGGAGGAAUGACUGUGAGAAGUUCAGUUCGGGUGACUUUUAAAAGGACAGCCUAUUGAAAUGAAAUGAUACUGACAUCUAAGAUAUAGUUUCCCCUGUUGUAGCAUAGUAGCUAUAAAUAAAUAGACUGAGGGUUACCCAUCUGCAUUCACCCCAUUGGGCUAAUCAUUAGCUAGAUCACAAACUCUAAACAUUAUCUUGUUGCUAGUUAGCAACAUAUUGAUGAUUUGAAUGUCCCACUGGCACUCAUCCAAGGAUCAUGUACUGUGAAUACCACCUGCCCCAUGGUACGUUUAGCCCUGGUCUUUCCUGUGCAUUCAACACCAUUGGCGAGUGCCAACGGGCAUAAACCAUGCCACUGCUAAAAACUCUGGUUCUAAAAUGGUGCAGUUCACAAAUUUUGGGUAUUUGAGAAAUACGUUGAGUAAAAUUAGAACGCUCUGUGAUCCUCCUCUUUUAACAGUGGCCAUCAAAACUGAUUUCAAAUGUGUGUUUUUCCAGCAACUACAUUAAGAAUGUUGUAGGCCACAAUGACUUGACAUGCAUGUUUUUCUCCACGUUGUUCUCCACUGCAAUUUGAAAGCACUUUGAGAGGGAUUUUCUUUUCUCUCAUAGAAUGCGACGGCCCAAUUUAACCCCUGCUCCUAUUUAUUAUGGAUGGAAGUGUCUGGAAUUUCUGUCAGGACUCAGUAUGUACAUGUGUAUGAUAAGCAUUUUGAAUAGGUAGUCAAGACAGUGUUUGGAGAUUUGUAUUGUGCUUCUGUCCUAAGAUUGUGGAGAAUAAGGAAAGUCUAGUUUGUCCUGCGAUGUACUGAAUGCCAGCCUUGUAAUAAUUAACAAUUUAUGAGUGUAAGGAUUAUGCAUAUUCCAGUUGUCUACUUUCUUUGUUUUAGAAGGAAUAAAGACAUUUGAGGUCAUUUA